ACAAUGCCUUCAAAAGCGGCUCACGCGAGCAGAGAGAAAAGGGGUCGAUGAAACAAAACGAAAAUGAGCCAAGGGGAGGUAUGCUAGGACCGCUCCGAAUAAAAAGGGAUCCCGAAAGCCCGGGGAAGUCAUUUGGGUUUAACCAACCUUCUAAUAACACGGCGGUUGGCUUAGAUUGUACUUUGUAAAGCAGCUCGCCGAUUUGACAACCAAUAUUUUGUGACGUACAUUAUGACGAAUGGUGCUCUGUCAUUUUAGGGACUGAAAUUCAUUUUAAGCACAAGCUGAUUUUUAUGAGAUAGUAUCACGACACUCAAUCAUUUCAAAUAAUCAGAUUUAAUUUAUCAAUCUUUGCUGACUCUUACUCGAGGCAUCGUUAGAUCCAUCGAAAUUUCUACUUUAGCAGACAAACAGCAUGUUAGCACCGAUCUAAACUUCAUCUUACGGGGGUCGCAUCACUAUGUUUAUAACGGGAGAAGUUGAAAACUAAAUGUGAAUCGAAAUCCGGUCACUUCUAUCUUCCGAGGACAUCGUCGCCCACGACACCAUCGAAUCAGAAGACGACGGUGGCAACGAAUACGAUGACGAUAUUCUAUGCCGUUAAAAACAAUUAUAAAUAUCGGAAAGUUUGACUAUCAAAUUGCUUUUGUUGCAUUCUGAACAACAAAAAAGGAAACAUUUAGCAGGCGAUGGGUGAUAAGUGUGGUUGUUGUUUCUAAGAAGCAAUUUGACAACGUUUCAAGAGGGCGAAUCUCGCAGCGAGGGUGCUUUUAUUUCCUGCCACAGAGCAUCCCGGCAGCAUCGGCGUAUGAAGGAAGGACUGACAAGAACAUUUCGAUUAUUACGAAUCAUCAUCCUCUGCGUCUGACUUGCCAGCAAAGUUUGCAGCCGGCCAACAGAACUUUCCUACGUCUAUUCUUUGAUAAAUCAAGUUAAGCAGUCUGAUACAGAGACGGUUACGUCUAAUCUUCAUUGUGGUGUGAUUGUCGAACUUGCUGCUAUAAUCCCCAUCGAUGAUGUCGAUGAUGAUGGAAGAAUCCCACUCGGAGUCGGCGCUGUACUCGACACCGACCUGUGUCCAGCUCGGCAUACCUCUCCCCGACUGCCCGGGCGGCAUGUACCCAAUCCGCGACCCCCACCACCCAUCAGCAACAAACCCCGAUGUACCUUUCCCCGUACCAAACUACCUGGAUCCGCGCUACGCAAGCUCCUUCAUCAGCCACUACGGACACAGCUACGUCCCGCUCCCGAAUCCAUUCGGUUUCUACGAUCUCGAGCCGAGCUUCAUCCGAAGACGCAACGAACGCGAACGGGAACGCGUUCGGAAUGUUAACGAGGGGUAUGCGCGUUUACGCGAGCACCUACCGUGUGAUAACCCGGAGAAACGCAUGAGUAAAGUCGAAACACUGAGGAUGGCUAUUCGCUACAUUAAGCAGCUACAAGGUGUUCUAGUGGACAGUGAUGAAGGUGAAAAGGAGAAUAAUUGUGGCGAACCUGAGGAAAAAGAAAGUGGUUACCAUAGCAGCGAGGCAGAUGACAAAUAAAGAUCAGAUAACAUGGUGUAUCGAAUUUUGUGAAACAACAUUCUCUUCAUGACUAUCAAAUCGUGAUGCGAAAGUCAUCAUCUCUAUACUUCAUGCAUAGAAUCUUUAUAGAUUGACAAAAUAGAUAAUAAUAAUAAUCCGCUUAUAUAUAGCGCUCAAUACAUCGGAAUGACGUGUCUAAGCGCUUUACAGAUUUAUUAUUACCCCGGUCAUCGGAUUCAAUCAGUCAUUCCCGCACACAGUGUGCACAUCCUCCGCUCCCUGGGGAGUAUUCCAGUCAGUCGCCUGUGAGGCGCACAUAGUACUGGACAAGUUACAAUUACUUUCACAUGCUACCGGGUACCCAUUUAGCACCUGGGUCGAGAGUGGCAAAGUGUGGAUUAACGCCUUGCCAAAGGACGCCAGACCGC